AAACCACCGUGGAAAUCACCACAGCACAAAGCAGCGAGUCACGAGCCGAUUAACGCAACUCGCUCGGCAGCCAUGGCGCCAAAGCUCGCGUUACCAGUAGUGGCCCUCCUCGCCCUGGUCCUCUCGGCCACGACGGCGGCCGCGCAGAACUGCGGGUGCGCGGAGGGGCUGUGCUGCAGCAGGUUCGGGUACUGCGGCACGGGGAAGGACUACUGCGGGAAGGGGUGCCAGGCGGGCCCCUGCGACGUGCCGGACACCAACAACGUGUCCGUGGCCAGCAUCGUCACGCCGGCCUUCUUUGACGCGCUCACCGCACAGGCCGCCGACGGGUGCGAGGCCAAGGGGUUCUACACCCGCGACGCUUUCCUCGCGGCAGCCGGCUACUACCCGGCGUUCGGACGCACCGGCACCGUCGACGACUCCAAGCGCGAGAUCGCCGCCUUCUUCGCACACGCCAACCACGAGACCAUAAAGUUCUGCUACAUCAACGAGAUCAACGGUCCGAGCAAGAACUACUGCGACCCGACGAACACGCAGUGGCCGUGCCAGGCGGGGAAGGGGUACUACGGCCGCGGCCCGCUCCAGAUCUCGUGGAACUACAACUACGGGCCUGCGGGGCAGAGCAUCGGCUUCGACGGGCUGGGCGACCCCGACGCGGUGGCGCGCAGCGCCGUGACAGCGUUCCGGGCGGCGCUCUGGUACUGGAUGGACUUCGUGCACGAGGCCAUCGUCUCCGGCCAGGGGUUCGGCGCCACCAUCCGAGCCAUCAACGGCGCGCUCGAGUGCGGCGGCAAGAACCCCAGCUCCGUCAACAACCGCGUCGGGUACUACGUGCAGUUCUGCAAGCAGUUCGGCGUCGACCCGGGCAGCAACCUCACCUGCUGAUUAAGCUGACUGAUUGUUCGGGAGAUUCUCGCGUGGAUGUUUCGGUUUGGUGCUGUGAUACGUGUAUGCUAUAUGGACAUAGACACGGCUUGGGCAACUACAAUGUCUGUUAUUCUGAUGCAGAUUAAUCGGAAAUAAAAAUUGUUUUUCGUGAA